AUGGACGACACAGAGGGAGACAAGACCGCGUCCCCAAUCAAUCGCUCGCUCUGUAGUGUGCUAUGUAUAGAGGCCCGAACUCCUCCAGAGGUUCUAUUCCGUGUGCUUCUAGAAUGCUCCACUUCUAAAGGGGAGGACCGGCUGUUCCGGAAGCUCUUCAAGCGGUAUAACCAGUUCAUUCGUCCGGUCGAGAAUGUCUCUGACCCAGUCACUGUGGAGUUCGAGGUCUCCAUAUCCCAGCUGGUCAAAGUGGAUGAAGUCAACCAGAUCAUGGAGACCAACCUGUGGCUGAGACAUAUCUGGAAUGACUACAAGCUGCGCUGGGUGCCGAUCGAAUUUGACGGGAUUGAGUCUAUUAGAGUCCCAUCUAAUAAGAUAUGGAGGCCCGACAUCGUCCUCUACAACAACGCCGUGGGUGACUUCCUGGUUGAGGAUAAGACCAAAGCUCUGCUGAAGUUCGAUGGCACCAUCACCUGGGUACCACCCGCCAUCUUCAAGUCCUCCUGCCCCAUGGACAUCACCUACUUCCCCUUCGACUACCAGAACUGCUCCAUGAAGUUCGGAUCCUGGACCUACGACAAGGCCAAGAUCGACCUUGUGCUGAUCGGCUCCAAGGUCAACCUCAAGGACUUCUGGGAGAGCGGUGAGUGGGAGAUCAUCGACGCACCGGGCUACAAGCACGACAUCAAGUACAACUGCUGCGAGGAGAUCUACCCCGACAUCACCUAUUCCUUCUACAUCCGCCGGCUGCCGCUCUUCUACACCAUCAACCUCAUCAUCCCCUGCCUCCUCAUCUCCUUCCUCACCGUGUUGGUUUUCUACCUGCCCUCUGACUGCGGAGAGAAGGUGACUCUCUGCAUCUCGGUGCUGCUCUCCCUCACUGUGUUCCUGCUGGUCAUCACAGAGACCAUCCCCUCCACCUCGCUGGUCAUCCCACUGAUCGGCGAGUACCUGCUCUUCACCAUGAUCUUCGUCACGCUCUCCAUCGUCAUCACGGUGUUCGUGCUGAACGUGCACUACCGCACGCCCACCACCCACACCAUGCCUCAGUGGGUGCGGCACGUCUUCCUCAGCGUUCUGCCCCGCGUCAUGCUCAUGCGCCGCCCCAUCGACCAGCAGUUGCGCAAGAGCAUCAGAGAGAAGGAGCCGGGGGAGAAAGGGAGCGGCGGCGCCGGAGGAGGAGAGCUGUCGGAGAAAGGAGCGAUAGAGAAGGCCCGGAAGAGGAAGAAGAGGGGCGGCGGGAACGGAGGGUGCAGGGAUGGGGGGAUGAACUGCGUGGAGGGGAGCAGCAGUGUCAUCGGCAGCAGUGUCGGCGGAGGAGGAGGGGUGGAGGGGAGUCGGGCAUCGUCUGCCGCUGAUGUGGACGCAUCGGCGGGGAAUCGGCGGGCAAUCGCGGCUCCGCCGGCAGUGAAUGCUGUCGUGGCAUUCUCUGUGGUUUCCCCGGAGAUCAAGCAGGCCAUCGAGAGUGUCAAGUACAUCGCGGAGAACAUGAGAAGCCGAAACAAGGCCAAGGAGGUGGAAGAUGACUGGAAGUACGUUGCCAUGGUGAUCGACCGCAUCUUCCUGUGGGUGUUUGUGACGGUGUGCGUGCUGGGAACUUUGGGCCUGUUUAUGCAACCCCUCAUAGGCUUCACCCAACCUUGAACGCCCUUGGACGUCCUUGAACACCCUUGGAUGCCCUUGAACGCCCUUGAACACCGUCACCUUCAGCACUGUAUAUGCACUCGAACUGUACACUGUGGUCAAAGGAGCUGAAGUUGUGAGCAACUGGUGUUCUUGUUAAAGCUCUUUGUGGAAGUCCAGUUGCUCAUGGCACAGCUUUGGUUGAUGCAGACCCUCUUAUAGGUUUUUCACAUCUGGUCCCCUUUAAGUGAACCAAACUCAGUCCUCUUUAAGUGGACCAAAAAGCAAAACGACAGCAAAAGGACUCAGUUCUGUUUUUGUUCAUAUUGUGAGUGUAUUGCAACAAGAACUGGCUGAUCUUUCUGGUCCUGGUAGGCUUUUAUGGUGUGUCACUCUUCUUUUUUUAUCACA